AUGCAUACUGGGAAAUGGUGGUGGGAAAUGCAGAAAAAACUCGAUGAACAUUGUUCUGGUGGAACCAUAGUUCCAAUAAUUAUUUCCUUGGACAAAACACAAGUGACGAUGUUUCGCAUCAAGACUGCCUACCCUGUAUAUCUUACAAUUGGCAAUAUACCAAAGGAAAUUUGCCAUAAACUUUCAUAUGGCAGCCAUAUCCUUCUUGCUUAUUUGCCAACAACCUGCCUUGAAUACAUUAUAAACCAAGCAUCUCACCAUCAUGCUAUUGCAAACUUGUACUAUGCAUGUUUAUGCCGUGUGCUCGCUCUGCUGAAACCUGCUGGAUUGGAAGGUAUUCCCAUGCAUAGCAGAGAUGGUGCUCUUCGUCGUUGUCAUCUGCUGUUUGCAACUUUUAUUAGUGACUAUCCAGAACAGCUUCUGGCUACAGGUGUCAAGUUCGGAGAGUGCCCAAAGUGCGACAUUGAGGCCAAGGACAUGGGAAGCAACACAGCACCAUUUCACUUGCAAAAACUUAGAGAAGUACUAGAUGCACUUGCCACACUCAACCAUGGAAAUUUAGUGUUUGUUCAUGCAUGUACCACAGCAGGCAUCAAGCCCAUCAUUCAUCCUUUCUUGGAGGAUCUUCCUUUCACCAACAUUUUCUGGGCUAUUACACCAGAUGUGCUGCACCAGCUAUAUCAAGGCUUGCUCAAGCAUCUCCUGGGAUGGUUGUCCGCAGCUUGUGGAGCUGCAGAAAUUGAUGCUCGUUGUCGGCAGCUUUCUCUAAACCAUCAUAUCUGCCUAUUCACCAAGGGCAUCACUUGCUUGUCACAUAUGUGCUGCUUCAUCUUUGGCAUCAUAAUUGAUGUCCACUUGCCCAACAAUCUUAAUCCGUGCGGGGGCUACUCGACUUCCUAUAUCUUGUGUAAUACCCUUGUUACAGCUCAGAGACACUUCACUCACUCGACAAGGCAUUAG